AUGUCAUUCUUAAAAUUACUCAAGUUCUACUCCAAGACCACACUCGCGCUUUCCAUCUUCACUGUCUGCGCGGUGUAUGGUGUUGCGGCGUCAGUCGUACUCACGCUCGUCGGGAAGCGUCACUUGGCACAAUGGACAGUUGCACGCGCCUUCUACCAUAUGUUCUCGACGUGCUUGGGAAUCCGGAUCCGCUUAGUCAAUGGCGAGACAUUACUGCAGGUGCUGCCAUCGAUUAUUUUGGGCAAUCACCAGUCUGCGUUGGACAUUUUGAUGUUGGGACGGACCUUUCCUAAGGGCUGCACCGUCACCUCCAAGCGCUCCUUGCAGUACAUUCCGCUCCUUGGUUGGUUCAUGACCUUGUCUGGGACAUUCUUUAUCGAUCGCGGAAACUCCACUAAGGCGCGUGAGACAUUACGGAAGGCGUUGGACAAGUUGCGUGCAAACAAGCAGUCCGUGUUUAUAUUCCCAGAGGGCACCAGAUCGUACGCCACGGAGCCGGAAAUGUUGCCGCUCAAGAAGGGUGCCUUCCACUUGGCCGUGCAGGCAGGCAUCCCAAUUGUACCAUUGGUGAUGGCCAACACCAGCAAGUUGAUUAACUUCAAGAGAAAGGAGUUCAACCGCGGUGAGAUUGUCAUUGAGGUAUUGAAGCCGAUCGAAACGGCGGGCAUGACGGCCGAGGAUGUUAAUAAGCUUGCCGAGGCCACCCUGACAGCCAUGGAGGAGUGCUGCAAGCGUUUGGGAUACGCCGGGGAGAAGCCGAAAGAGGAAGAGCCGACGUCUGCCAAGACCUCCAGCUUCGAGGCGAGCGAGAGCACCACUUUGCUGUCGCAAUAG